AUGCAAGCAGCGUGCUGGUUCUCGUAUGAGCAGAGGCAACAGCAACGGUUCUCGUUCCAGACGCUGAAGGCGUUCCUGCCGCACAUGCUGCAGCGCGGCCGCGGCCACGUCGUGGCCAUGAGCUCCAUGAACGGCCUGGUGGGCUCCGCCAGCAAGACCGCGUAUUGCAGCUCCAAGUUUGCCGUCAGAGACAAACUUUCCAAACUACUCGUCGUGGCGCUUGUGCUGCCCGUUUUGAAGCCCUACCACUCCUCCCUCGGCGGCAGGUGGCCGUGGCUGUUCGGCGCCGUGUCCGCCGCGGACGCCGCGCGCCGCGUGGUGGCUGCCGUGCGCCGCAACGUGCCCGAGCUCAGCAUCCCGCGCCCACUGCUCUGGGCCCACGCCCUGCACAGGCUUUUUCCGAGAAGAGUGUACGAGUUGUUUGUGGACUACUGGGAGGGGGGCGCAAGUUCUAAAAAGCAGGCAGAUGGAAAGAUUCUGGCUUUACCAGACAUUGACGGAAAUGCGGAUGAAAUAAAAGCCACUGUUUUUGGCGUUACGAAAAGUUAUUAAAGUCCAAUCUGAUAGUCUACAAAUAGCUGUGUUUCUAGGGGCACACCACUUGAACUUAUUUUUGUCAAGGUUCAAUACAUCAGAAAAUGAAGAACCAAUAAGCUUUAACAUCUUAGAACCACGAAUGAAUGAGAAUUCGUUUCAUUCUAUUGUUUCAGUUCUAGUUUAUGUAAGUCCUGAAGGUCUUUUGUGAGCGCAUCUAAGAAACAUCCAAGCGGAACGAUCAAUAAUAUUAUGUUCUUUUGCUAAUACUUGCAUGAAGUAAGCAAUGAGAUGAGUUAAUUCGAUGCUAAUUGUGUGAUCACUUUGUUCCUAACAAUGUUUUUCUUCAUUGAACAUUAUUUAUUUACAAGAUGGCUUGAUUUGUUCCCUAUUAUACUAAUUUCUAAUAAAAUAAUUAAUAUUACUA